AUGGCGGACAAAUCAAGCGACUUCACGGAAGCGGAGAGAAGGCGCAUGGAAGCCAUCAACAAACAGUUUGUCGCUAGGCAAAAGCAACUUAAGCAGAUGAAAAGAAGAAAUUUAGCCAUAUUUGCUUGUCUGUUAACCUCUGUUGCCGGAAUUUGUAUCCUUUUUAUCUCAAACGAAACUGUUUUACGCGACACACUUCAGCUUACAUUUCAAUACUGCAAAGAAAACUUUAUAAAGAACUACCUAAUUCAAAGUAACGGAAAGCUUAGGUUGAACAUUUAUUGAAAUGUAGACUGCAAGUAUGUUCCAUUAACAUUGUAAUGUCUUGAUAAUUGCUCGUCAUCUUCUGUUUGAGAAGAAGCUUAUCCGGAAUAAUGUAAUUAAGACAUCAUAGCUGGUCGUUUUGCGGACGGAUUGUUAGUCCCCAUUUCAGGGAAAUGCACGCGUAACUUUAUUAAUUACUUGUUAGUACUAAAGAGAGACGCUUGAACUAACGAAUUCUAUUAAAGUGGAUUUAUUUUAGUCACAGGCGGACAUGUGUCACGUCUAUAUUGCAUCUGGUCACAGUCACUUAAUCGCGUGCGUCACGUCCAGGAUAUUUUAUUUUAACUUCAAAUACUCCGCCGCGUGAAACAAUAUACCACAGGUCAACUUUAAUACUUGCGCUGAAUUUAGUACAUUAUUUAAGGUGGACAAGUAAACGAAAUUUGGCAAAAUUUCUUAUUCUUGGUUAAGUCAAAAGCACUGGUUUAUUUUAAUUACUAGGAAUUCUUCCGUGCUUUGGGGAAGUGUAUUAACUUCCUUUGUAUGAAGUGGAUACGGACAUGCAGUCAUUUGUGUAAUGUAUCCACAUUUGACCAGGUUUAAGGGCUUUGUGCUGUAAUAUGAUUGAUCACUUGCAUAGAAAUCUACAGCAGUAUGACUUGAGUGACUGACAAAUUUAAUUCCACUUUCAAGUCGUGUGGGGUCAGGUCUAUUGAUCAUGUGUCUCCCAAUUUUUUAAAAACUUUUGUUUACAUCCAUUCAUGUGCUACCCCCUUUGUGGAUUAUCAAUUUAGAUUUAGAUAAUAUAUAAAUCACCCUUGUGGUCACAUUUUAAAAAGUUUCUAAAUGACCAGAGGCCGUUUCUAAAAAGGCCCGAUAACUUUGCAAGCCUGAAGCCAGAUUUUAAAAUAAAAACAGCACAGUUUCUAGCUCACAAACCAGGCCAUUUUGCUUUGUUAACUUAUAGUUUUAUUGUAUCAUUUUCAAAAUUAUUGAAACUUUGAUUUUGAAUGCAAACUCGGCAAGCAUAAAACAGCUUUAAUUUUCAGGUCUGAAAAGUUACCGGGAAUUUCGAGCAAAGGGCCCCAACAUCUGAUCAAGGUUUUCAAGUCAAUUAAUUAAACUACUGACAGUCUGAUCUGUCUGAUCUUGCUACAUUGGGUGACAUGGAAUAAAGCAAAAAUAGAUCUAGGGAUUUGGGAAUUAGGAGACAAGAAUUUAAAAUCAUCUCAUGAUUGUACAAGGUUAAAACCAUUUAGUAUUUUGAAAAUCUUGACUGGCAGCUGGCCAUAUAGUGACAGCCUAAAUGUUACAUUUAUGCUAACUUUGGGUUGCAAUCAUUACUACUCAAUACAGUAGAACCUUGAUAAAAUGAAGAGCAAAGGGACUGGCAAAAUUUGUUCUUUAUAUCAAGGUUUCAUUAUAUCGAAUUUUUUUCUCCUAUACAUUUGUAUUUUACUAUUACUGGGGUAAAAAAAUCGUUGUUGUUUGUUAUAACAGGGACUUUGGAUAGUCAAGGUUUGUCAUUUCGAGGUUCCACUGUACUAGUGAAACAAGGGAUAUGAUGGAAAUUUAGAGAAGAAUGAAAUGGAAUCAUGUUAAUCUGAGUGAUGACAGUUCCUUUGAUUUGAUGAGCAGCCAAAGAAAACAAUGUUGAAAGAAUUAGUAUUGGAUUAUAUGUAAUCAGGAAACAGUUGUUCCUGCAAAGCUUAUAUUCAGGAAGCAAUAUUGUGGUCUGUGAAUCGGUGUUAGUUAUUACCGCUUUCAUUGAAAGAAAAGCCCUGGAGAAGAAAAUUCAAACCCACUACCAGAACUUUAAGAGUUGUCUCCAAAAGGAGCCCGGCUUUAGUAAAGAAGAAAAGUGGAGUAGGACCAAAAAAUUGAUUUUUAAAAUAAGUCAGACAUAAAGUAGGCAUUAGAGUGGAACAAAUUAUUUUGUUUGAAACAUCAUUCACAUCAAGCAAACCAAAAAGAAAAGACUGUGAGCUUUUCUGAGUUGCAAUAUCAAAGAUAUUGGAAUCAGACAGCUCAUUCUCACUGAUGAGCUUGUGCCUGUAGUGGGAUGAAACGCUAAAACCAGAUAGAGGGCAGGGGUAAAGAGAGGGAGUGUAGGGAUUCAGAUGCCGAGAAAAUUAUUUAAGAUGAAAUCCAUUAGGAAAUUGAGUAAUUGUUAUUUUCAGUGGACAAAAACCUUGUAUCAGAAUAAGCAUAUUGCAUUCUUUUUCACACUUUUCAAGAGCUAUAAAUGUAACAAGUUAUGUGAAAAAACUCCAAAAAAAAGGUUCUAAAAAUAAAUAUGGAAGAUGUGAGAAAAUACUUCAGAAGCCUCAAAUUUCACAAAAUGAGAUCUUAUGCGUGACGAUUUUACCUUGUGAAAUUUUAAAUUUAUUUUCUCGGGCUCCAUAAGAAAUUGUCUUUGGUGUUAUUACAGAUAACUAAUUACAUCAAUAGGUCUUCAAAAGUGUAAAAAGAAUGCGAUAUGGCUUAAAAUAUGGACAGUACAAGGUUUUUGUCCACUGACAAUUAGAAUUACUCAAUUUCCUAAUGGAUCCUGUCUUAAAUAUUUCAAGGCUUGUCAGGUUUAAUAAAGACUUCUCAGCUGAAGAAAAAAUGUUAAGAUAAGAACUUGGUCCUAAAACUUCCUUGACAAUGUUUAGAUGGAUAUACAUUAUUUGCAACAAAGCAAGAAAAGCUGGACUUUGAUGACUGACAUGUUUUCUGAAGUUUCGUAAGAAGAGUGAAAACUUUGUACAACACAGGAACAAGAACUUGAACUGAAAUUAAUGUGAGACCAGCUCCUAGCUAUUAGGAUGCAGUGAAUUUACUGGCUUGUAUAAUACAAGAUUCCACCUUGGUCCUAAUAUCUGAAUGUUGUUACACCUCACUCUUAACUCAAACACAUCAGACUUCAAAAGGUUAAAAGGAACAGAAUGGUUUAAUAAAAAACACGAGUGUACUUUUUAGUCAAGUUGGUUGGAACUGCAUGUCUCUCACUCAAUGAAAAGAUUGUUUUUGGAUAUAAACCUCUGAUCUCAAACUCAUACCAGUAAUAAUAUUCAAGAGGAGAAAUUAAUAUUAUUUGUUUUCUUUUUGUUUUUAAAGCAAGGAUCCUUUUAUUGCACUUUUGUAGUGGUUGUGCAGCAGUUGUUUCAGGAGCCUUCUAGUAGUUUUUUCGCGGUUAUUUUAAGUAUUCCCCCAUUAACUAGUCUCCAUUAUAGACAAAACUAAACCUCUGGUUUAUUUGAUCUGUGAAUUACAAACCAGCACCAAAAUCCUUGUUCUGGGUUCCCAGCUGUGUACCAGAAUUUGAGUAUGUGACAUGAUUGGCUCGUUAAAAAAACCAUUGAUCAAUUGGCCAAUCACUUUGAUGAGAAUUUGAAAUGCACUUCUGGUAAUUGAGUUCGUUAGGGGUCCAGAACCAGGAUCACAGAUGUUACCAGCCGGAGUGAUGAGUGAGUUAGUUUACAUCUGCAAUGCAGAAUACAAUUUACUGCCAACUGGUUAGUUUAUUGUUUGGGUAGCAGUAGCCAAGUGUAGCCACACCCUCCCCCAGGUUUUCAUUUGUUGUGAGGAGGGUCACUUACUGAGGGUGUGGCUACACAUGGGCUAGGGUAGCACACCUUUAAGCAUUAAAAGGGCUAU